AAAUUUUCUGUGAAAGAAGUCUCUGUAAUAUUUAGUGUGUCACGCCGGAGAUCCGGAGUGAGAUCCCCGGCAAUGGCGAUUUGAGAAAUCUCGUUUCUAGAGUCUGAACCUCUUCAUCUCUCAUGUUAACAACCGAUGAUUACGAGUUUUGAAUGGAGCUACAAGACAAAACCCAACGAAAAUAAUGAACUUCGCAACAAUGGGAGGAGCUGAGCUUGCAAUGGUUUCUCUUCCGAUGUGGUUCCGUCACACAAUACGCAAGUUUGACUACUCUAUAUCUCUCAAAUGGGAGAAUUAUAAAGCAGGUCAAGUUAGUAACAGAGAAGUAGGAGAUACAGUGUGGAAGAAUUUGUUUUGGGGCAUGUUAACAUACUUGAACUGGGAUAAAGGAGAAGCCAUGGACCCCACAGUAGUAGAUCAAGCAGGAGUUCAUCUUAUUAUUCAGAAGCAACGAACCACAGAGACUAAGACAAUGCAUGAUGUGCUAGCACCAGCCACAUUUGAUGAUCUGAUGGCAACUGUUGACAAUCCACACCGAAUUGAAAGUCAAUACUGGUUUUCGGAUGAGAAGGAUCAUGACAGUAAAGGGGGCACCCAAGCUGUCUUCAAUGUGUUGGAUUCAAUGCUGAAGGAUAUGUUAGAUCGUUUGAAAAUGACUAGGGAAAGCAUUUCAAAGGCAGGGACUUGCCUUGGGGAGUAUAGUAUGGAAACAGAUUUCAGCAUUUAUGAGGAUGUAAUUAGGGAUUUAUGCAUAGAAGGCAAGGUGGGAGCUGCUGUCCACCUUCGAAAUAGAAUGAUUCAGAAAUAUGCAAUUCCUGAUGUGUAUACACACAAUUACCUUGUAUAUGGACUUUGCAAAAUGGGUCACUUGGAGAUGGCAGAUUGUCUUACCAAAGAAAUGUGGGAGUUUGGCCCUUCUCCCAACUGCGUCACCUACAAUACUUUGAUUGAUGGAUACUGUCAUGUUGGGAAGAUAGACAAAGCACUUUAUCUUCUAUCUUUAAUGGGUACUAGUGGCAUUAGACGCAAUAGGGUUACCUGCAAUAUACUCAUCAAUGCAUUGUGCAAGAAGGGUCUUUUAUACAAUGCUAGAAAGCUUCUUGAAGACUUAUUACCUGAUGAUGAUGAUAGAGCCUCAGAUUUAAUCACCUCAACCAUACUUAUUGAUGGUUGUUGUAAGCAGGGGGAUAUGGUUCAGGCUCUUGAACUUUGGAAUUGGUUAUCUCGGAAGGGUACUGAAAUGGAUGUUGUAGUCUAUAAUGUCCUGAUCCAUGGAUUAUGUUUGAGUCAGGAUAUUAAGCUUGCACACAAAUACUUCUGUGAAAUGCAAAAAAGGGGUUUUCUUCCUGAUGUAUUCACCUACAAUACUCUUAUAAGUGGGUUGUGUAAAGAAGGGAAAAUUGAUGAGGCUUGUGAUAUUUACAGAGCAAUGGCAAGAGUGGGUGUUGCUCCAAAUCAACUCUCUUACAAAAUGAUUAUUCAGGGUCUUUGUCUUCAUGGAGAUGUUAUUAAAGCUAAUGAGUUUCUUCUUUGUAUGCUAGAGGAUUCACUGAUACCGGAUUCUCUUAUCUGGAAUGUGUUGAUUGAUGGGUAUGGGAGAGUUGGAGAUCUUAAAAAUGCUUCCAGGAUUAGAGAUCAGAUGGUAGACUCUGAUGUUGUGCCAAAUACUUUCACUUACAAUGCAUUGAUUCAUGCAGUAAAAAAAGGUGGAAACAUUGUUGAUGCACAAUUGCUGAAGCAGGAGAUGCUCUCAAAUGGGCUUUUGCCGGAUGUAGUCACCUACAACUUGUUAAUUGGUGCUGCUUGUAAUUUUGGUCAUAUUCGACUUGCACGCCAAUUGCAUGAUGAAAUGCUGAUGAGAGGAUACAGACCAGAUGUUAUAACUUAUACACAGCUGAUACAGGGCCAGUGUUUGAAGGGAAACAUGAAGGAAGCAGAAUUGCUUUUCAACUGGAUUCAAAGAUCUGGUUUAAUUAUUGACCAUGUACCAUUUCAAAUACUCAUUAAGAAGUACUGUAAAAUUAAAGAACCAGAAAAGGCAUUUAUUCUCUACCAGGAAAUGGUUAAGGAGGGGCAUGUAGGCCGUCGUUCAUCUUACUAUUCCUUAUUUUCUGGAUUGAGGAAGAAAGGGUUACUUGUCGAAGGUGUUCAGGUGCUGAAUCACAUACAUAUGUUGGGUCUGGUCGAGUAGAAUUCUUUCUUAAUAUUGAUCGUAAUAAACUUAUGAGACUCUCAUUGAGGUGGGAAAAUCUAAGUUAUGACCUUGUACUUGCAAUGCAAAAGUUCCCCAGCUGAACUAUGGGCUUGACUUCACAUGCACAAGUGCUCAGUCCAACUUUAGUCGGUGAUAAAUCUGAUUAUAGCUCAUCCAUGGAGAAAUUAAAGACAAUGAAGAUGGAGAAGUUCUUUCAAGUUAUUGCUAGUGCGGUGCACAGAUUUCAAAUGGAGAAUAUUUUUUCAAGUUCUUAAAGCCAGUGGCAAAAGCUGGUCUUAUGUUCGUUUGUGUAUUGGUUAUCGUCAUGCAUGGUGGAACUAAUUCUGGAGAGAGAAGCAAUUAAUAACCAAUUGUGUAUAUGAUGGAAUGGUGGUAUCCUGAGGUGGAUCCGUCAUCUUACCGCAGGCCCACGGUUGCUUGUAUGUUUGAUUUCAUUCCUGGUCCUUCCUUCGAUGUAAGCAGAUUGAGAAUGAGUGUCAGAACAUUGCGCGAAAUCGGAUAUCAGUUGGGUGACUGUAAUUAGCCAUGGCUAUGACUUUAGAAACGUUUGUGUUGCUGGAUGAUAUGUAAGCAGGUAGACACACCCAGAGCCAUUCAUCAGUUGCAUUCCACCCUUCCAUAUAAAUUUGUUCAUAUCUAUUUUUUUUUUUAUUAUUAUUAUUUGGAAAAUCUGUUCAGAUGUUAAAACAAGUGUCUGAUCAACCUUUUUUAUGUUAAA